AUGUUCAACUUCUCCUGGUUCAAGUCCUCAAAAGAGGAAGGUAUCCCCCAGUCCACCUGGAACCCUAACACCCUUACUAUGGAGCAACCCUCCAGCCCUGCCGCCCCCAAUCAGGAAGAGGUGGUGACCAAGCCUCCCAACCAGGAACAAAUGCAAAUGAGCCUGCGAGGUGGUGGAGAUGAUAGUGGUAAACCAUUUCUCGAUUGGUGUCCUUGUGAUUGUUGUGUUUGUUGUGCAUGUUAG